AUGCUCGAAAAGCCAACCCACACCAUUUCACUGAUCGGGCAAAAAGGCAGUGGUAAAUCAACACUUUUAGGUCAACUAUUGUAUAGGAUGGGAUAUGUUUUCGAUGAACAAUUAGAAGAAAUUUCAAAAACUGCUGAUCAAUUAGGAAAACCAAAUUGUAAAUAUUCCUUCCUGGUCAACACAACCAGAAAGGAGAGGGAAUGUGCAUCAAGUAGUCAAUUAUCGUUUAGACAAGUGGAAACUAAAAAUUAUUUCUGUAAUUUAAUUGACACACCAGGAAUGGCAGUUUAUAUGAAGAAAACAAUUCGUGCAUUGGCAAUUUCGAAUACAGUUAUUGCAGUAAUUGAUCCGAGAGAAGUCGAAUUCGAAAGGAGCAUCAAUCGAUUUGAUGGAAUAUUGAGACAGUACAUGUUUUCUUCCAGAGUUUCCAAUUCACAAAUUAUUUGUUGUGUCAAUUUAAUGGAUCAUCCAGAAGUUAAUUAUUCAGAGCAAGUCUUUGUGAAAACAGUUAGUGAACUUUCAAACAUCUUGAAAAGAAUAGGAUGUAGGUCUCCAGUAGAUAUCAUUCCAAUUUCUGGUUAUUGUGGAGAUAAUAUUGUGGAAAUAUCUGAUAAAACACCAUGGUAUGAGGGUAAAUGUCUAUUGGAUGCUUUGAAUUCAUUGAAACCAACUGCAAAUAAUCUGGAACAAAGUUUAAGAAUUCCAAUUUUGGAUGUUAAAAAAAUAAGUGGAGUUGGAACAGUUGUUUAUGGAAAAGUUGUAGCAGGAAUACUAAAAAUGGGGUCAAAAAUAGUAUUGGCUAAUUCUAAUAUUGAAAAUGCAAGAAUUGAAGCUAUUGAAUCAUUUGGAAAGCGAUUGGAAGAAGCAAAAUCUGGUCAACUGGUGGCUAUCAACUUGCGUAAUGUCUUCCACAGCUCAAUCAAAUCAGGAGAUGUAAUAUUAGAGGGGGGGAAAUCUACUGGUAUUGUAACUCGCUUCUUUGAAGCCUGUAUUUUAAAUAUUGGCCAUCCAAACAACAUUCAUCCAAAUUACAAGCCUACAAUUCAAGUACAGGCUACUCAAGCUACUUGUAAAUUGGUUACUAUUAAGAAAACCACAACUCCACAAGGGGUUUUGAUUGAAAAUUCACCACGCUUUAUUAAGAGAAAUGAAUUUGGAGUGGUUGAGUGUGAAUUAGACAAAGCUUGUUAUUUGGAUAAGGAUGUGUUUUGUAGAUUUUAUUUCAGAGAUUUGAGGAAGGUAAUAGGAUUUGGCUUGAUUACUCGUGUUGGAGUUGAACAGCCCGUGGAAAGUGAAAGUAAUAAAUAA